AUGUCCGGACACAGCACGCUUGCGGCACGAUGCGCAGCCAUAGGUUCAGGCAUUGCUCAGAUCAUCACAGAUACCAGCGGCAUCGCACGCGGGUUACGCAACGCUAGACAUGAUAUCAAUGCCCUCUGUGCCGACCUGCUUGCCAUCAAGGUUGCCUUGGACAUCGCUCGCGACGAUUUCUCCAAUGCGAACCCCAAUCUUCCCUCACUCCUGCUCGAGGCCGCCUCGGGAUUUCUAGAUUGCUGCUCGUCGGCGACGGAAUGUUGCCAUAAACCCAUCGUGCGCCUAUCCGCGAGUCAGGACCGCACGGGGCCUUGGCAGGUCCUCAAAGCAGCCCAAUUGACCGGCUUGAAAAACGACCUGAAAGCUGUUCGGUGCGCGUUGGACCUCCUGCUUGACCUGGUGGAGCUAUUCACACUACCCAACGCCACCACGUACGAGAUAACUUCACCCAACAGGCGGUCUUUCUUUGAUGACGAUGAUCCGGAGGUCUGGCAACAAUUUCUGGAAAGACUUGACAAUGAGCGACGUCACGUUGAGGACAUCACUCAAGGCCGGCUACCGAUCCUCUAUGCUUCUUUUGACAAGACCAGAGCGUGUGUUGCUUUUCAGCUGGAGGAAUGUCUUUCACCGCAGGCAUCUCCAGAACGACCCAGCUUACAGACUAAACGACUUAUGGUGCCUAUCCCGUUCGAUCUACCUGGAGCACAAGAUAAGAGCCUUCCUCCACUGCCAUCAACACUAUCCCUUUCAAGCGGGAUCGGCGCCUGGAUAGCAAACGUAGUAAACCAAGCCAAUCUAUCUCUCACAGCUCCACCUCCUUCAUUGGCGCUGACCGACCCACGUGCAAGCUUUGCAGAGACAGUUGAUGACGACAGAGCCCCAUCGCGAGGCACCUUCUACGCAGAAAGCUGCACCACCACCGGAACCCAAACGGCGUCUUCCAGCAAGCCGAGAUCCCCCAAGCCAGACAUCCCCGAAAGAGUCGAUUCCCCCCAGCUAGCCAUGAAAGCCCCCAAGAUGCCCAAGACCAAAAAAAAGAACGGCAUCUACACCAUCGCCUCCACAAUCAUCAGCUCCGAAGGCCGCUCAAUCAUCCACCAGCGGCUCACAAACGACAAAAUCGCCGUCGCAAAAGACACCCGCCGGCGCCUCAGCAGAGACCAGAAGUCCGCCCUGGACUGGAUCCUCAAGAACAUCUCGUCCAAGACGACGCCCGCAGAAGUAGAGCAGAUCCUCUGGGAAGGCGCAGAUCCCGACGCCGCAGACCUGGAAUUCGGCACCGUGCUCCUCCGCGCAGCGCACAGCUUUUCUACACCCAUUUUGCGCCUUCUAGUCGAGUACGGCGCAGACAUGACGCAGACUUCGCACUCAGCGUACUACUCCGCGAUCCACGCUGCGGUCCUGGGCUCACAGCUGUCCAACCUCCAGUGGCUCGUCGACGUAGGCAUCUACUUCGACACGCCUAACCAGCAGGGCGAAACGCCGCUACAUCUCGCUGUCAGGACGCCCGGCGGGUACCGCACGGCGAAGUGGCUGCUUGAGAUAGGCGCGGAUGUGAAUCGGGAGACUCUAGACGGGACGACGCCUUUCCAGAUGGCGGUGGGGUCGUCCAAGGUGGAUAGUAGGGAGAGGAGCAUGAUUAUUGAGUUGUUGCUUGGGCAGGGGGCAGAUGGGGAGAUGGGGAAGGAUGGGGCGAGUAGGGGAAGGGGUUGA